CGCCCCUGUCUGCCUUCAAGCCUCAAGGACAAAUUUUGCUUUGACAUCAAUCAUUUGACAUUAAAUCCGAAGAAGAUUGUGUUUGAGUUUGUAAUUUGUAUUUAAAUUGUGAACUUUGCAGAAUUAAGUUUACAGUGGUGCAGUCGGCAUUAAGAACUAAGAGGUGCUUCAUGAAAACGAGUGUAGGACCACGAACAUAAAUUAAAUGUGUUUUCGCCAUGUCCCUGACGUCUGAGGAUGUUUCGAGCCGCUAUCCGAUCCACUGGCUGGUUUGGAAUAACAAGCACGAAGAGCUGAAGAAUGCUCUUCAAGCUAACAAGUAUUCUCAAGAAGAUAUAGAGCGACAUGACAACCGUGGGCGGACACCACUCUUACUGGCAGUCACCCUGGGGCAUCUAGAGACUGUACAGGCACUGAUAGAGGCAAAUGCUGACAUUAAUUGUGAAAAGGAUGGCUGGACUGCUGUUCAAGAAGCAACAGCAACGGGCAAUCCGGAGCUGUUAGCUCUGGUGCUUUCAAGACGUGACUACCAACGUCAUGUUGUCCAGUCCAGCGGUACUCCAGAACUGCUGAACAAGCUCAGCCUCGCUCCAGACUUCUAUGUUGAGAUGAAGUGGGAGUUUACAAGCUGGGUGCCGCUCGUGUCCCGCAUGUGCCCGUUCGACACGUACAAGGUGUACAAGCGCGGUGCCAACGUGCGUGUGGACACCACCCUGGUGGGCUUCGAGAACAAUCGGUGGCAGCGCGGCGACCGGACUUACAUAUUUAGAGGACAGGGCAGCACCGCUAGCCUGGUGGAACUGGAUCAUGAAGCAGGCACAUCCAGCUGCGAGUACUUCGAGGUGGGGGGCGAGAGAGGAGCGCGGGGCUGGCCGCCCCCCCCGCCGCAUGUCAUAGACCAACGAAUGGGUGCGCCUUUGGCUAUAAACUACCUGGACACAGACAAAAUUAGCUUUGAAAGGAAUAAGAGCGGCAUCUGGGGCUGGCGUCAAGAUAAAACUGAAAGCGUGAACAGCUACGAGUGCAAAGUGUUCAGCGCCAACAACGUGGAGUUGGUGUCGAAGACCAGAUCGGAGCACUUGCCCAAGGGGGAGAAGAGGGCGCACACCCCACGUGCACCCCUCGCCGGCCUGCUGGCACUAGCCGAUAAUGAUGACACCACCCCUUCAACCCCGGUCUCCCCUCUCCUUACACCAGAUAGGGAAGAACCACCUAAGAGAAGUAGGUCUCGCGAAGACCUUAGGCCUGUGACGUGGGAGGAGUACUUCUCAGAUGAGCCCCUCGACAGGGACAUUGGUCGGCCCAGAGACAUCGCAACGAAGGUGCAGAAAUUCAGAGCCACCCUGUGGCUGUGUGAGGAUUAUCCUUUAGAGCUUCAAGAACAAAUAAUGCCUAUCUUGGAUCUCAUGGCGUCGAUAUCGUCGCCACACUUCGCCAAAUUAAAGGAUUUCAUACAGAUGCAGCUACCAGCAGGUUUCCCGGUCAAAAUUGAAAUUCCCCUUUUCCACGUGCUGAACGCCCGGAUAACGUUCGGCAACAUUUUCGCAACUGAAACCCCCGUCACGCACGUGGAAUGCAUUCAAGAGGGUGAGAGGCUGUCCUGCGUUGUGGACGACCAGUGCUUCUCCCUCGGGCGAGGGUACGCCGACGCCACGGCCACAGACGAAAGACUCAGCUGCGACGACGAUGAAGGCCUUCUGCAGUACGCCAUACAGCAGAGCCUGAUGGAGGCGGGAACCCACGAUGACCAGGUGGACGUGUGGGAAGCGUUACGUGGCGCACGCUCUACGUCCCCCGUGCCCCCACGCGCACGCCUUACCCCCUCACACCCGCUAUUGGAACAUGAAGACACGCAUUUGCAAAGAGCGAUCGAAGCGUCGCUGUCGAGCGCGCCCGCGGACGUGUGCUUGCCGGACGCGGACGCACUGUUGGAUGCGGAUGCGGACGCGGACGCGGACGAGUUGGACGCGGACCUGCGCGCGGCGCUGGCGAUGUCCGCACGGGAGCAGGCGGCGCUCGACCGACAGUUGCAGGACGAGCAAAAGGCGCUAGACGAGGUGUUGCGGCUCUCACUGAUGGAUAAGUAACUAGAUCUGAGAAUACCAAAUUAUUAAAGACUUGACUACGCCUAAGAGUUUCUCUGACGGUUGUAAGAGCGUGCAAGAUUAGUUCUUAUCCCAAAGACAUAACUCCUAAAAUGGCCUGCGACGUUAUUGUAUUGGCUGCGUACUUCAUAUUGUAGAUGGAAAAGUUAAUUGACGGAUAUAAAAUAUUGCAAUAUUUCAAAAUGGUAGGUUUUUCUGAGGAGCUGCUUAACUCAAGGUUAUGAUGGGUUUAGUUUAUCGCUGCCAUCUUUUAGUGUGCAUUGUCAGUUACCACCAGGUGAAAUUGCAGUAAAACUGGUAGUGAAAUUUUUUCAAAUGGUUUGAUAACAAUAUGACGGCCGACUCGUAGUAUAUUUGUUUACUUAUUAAUAUGAAAAUUUUACAGUUUUAUAACUCUAUGUAACUCGAAAAUUUCGUUGAAACAAUACGUUGUUAACAGGUCAGCGAAUAGACGAUGUAACUUUGGAUUCGUUUAAUUUACGCUUAGAUGUUUAAUUUGCCGCUUAGGCAGAUAUAUAGGGCAAAAUGUACUUGAAAAUGCACAUUGCGGGAUCGGACGGUUGUUUUAUUGAUCAACAAGGAGUAGAACAACUAACUACAUUUCGGUAACUCACCUCGUCUCAAACCACACUGGCUGAUAUGACGAUGGUUAUGUCAGCAAAAAAAAAAGUUAUUAUUUUGUGCUAAAUUGAAUGUAAUGUAAAAAAUAGACAAAAAACAUUGAGUUUUAAAGCUAUACUGCGCUGUUACAAGGGUAUAUCAACAGUUUAUUAUUAUUGACAUAUGGCCAACUAGCAUUGAAAUAUGGCCAACUGGCAGACCAAACUCCUCUUCCAAUGGUAUAAAAAUCGCAAUAUUUAAUAUUUACGUCAGCUAAAAUUUCCACCAACAAUAACAUAAUUAGUUACAAUUUUGUAUCUAGCAUAAAAAAUAAUAUUUAUUGUAACUAUAAAGUAUAAACUAGUAUUUGUGUACGAGUGAGAAUUAUACCUAAUGUAUAUGUCAUUAAGGUGCAUUUUUGUAUAUUCAAUACAAUGUCCAGAACUGUAUAUUAUUUAUAAAUGGAGUACUAUUUAAUGAGAUAUAUUUUAUUAUACGAUAUGGAUAUACCUGAUUCAUACUAUUACAGCCGGAAAUGAUGGAUGUAGUUAUGCAAAAGGUGAUCGUUCAUAUUUUAUUUACAUUUUUUUUUUUUUCAUUUAUUUUCACUUGUUACUUCCAGCAAUUUAAUCACAAUUUUGUUAAUUUAGAUUCGUAGGGCAAGAGUAAAAAUUGGAAAACUAUGCAUUGUGCAAAUCUUAAGUACAAGAACAAAAGUUUAUUAUGUUUAAAUGAGACUAAAACAUCGAUCAGAAUCCCCGAUAGUAUAUAAAGUAGGUGUUUUGGCUUCAAAAGUUUUCAGUUUUGCACACCGCACCACUCGCACUCGCUAUAGGAUGUGUCUUAAUGCACCGAAAAGAAAGAAUACUUUAUUGUACACCAAGCUAUAUACAUAAUACAAUACUAGCGGACUCGGCAGGCGUUGUUCUAUCCGGUAACGCAGCGCCACAAAAUUUCAUCCUAAUUGGUUCUGCCGUUAAGAAAGAGUUUGUGCCAAACAGAAGCAUUAAAUAUAAAUUUGUUUUUUAGAUUAAGAUACAAAAAACACAGUUUUACAUUAAUAUUCAAUUAGAAGCCUUAUCGCCAAAAUGCUUUCUCUCGUUAUAUUACUCAACAUCUGUAAGAUAUUGUUCGCAAUAAGGCCAAUUUUGCAUGCAUAUUCUUUACUUAUCGAUUGUAUAAUUUAUAUUUUGCGUGCAGUAAAGUGUUGCUUCUUUUUCUUUUAAUCGAUUAAUCGUAAAUAAAGGGAGGUCGCUAUUGUAAAACGAAUAAAAAUCACCGUGUAAAUUUAACGUGUGUGUGCUAUUUAAUUUUAAUUCGAUUUCAAUAUUCGUUUUAAGGCAUUUAGAUAUAGUCCAGUCACUUAGGAUAAAUAAGGGGUCAACUUCGGAAUGAGAGAUAAUUAGCAGAUUUUUCCUAUAUAUACCUACCUUAAUUUUGAAAAUCAAAAAAUUGACUCCAAAAAGUCGCAUCAGAACUCGUGUCUGCGCCGUAUGUUAUUCCAAGGCAAAGGUUAAGAACUUUUUUUCAUUUACGACGUUGAUCCGAUCUGUCUCCGAGCUUGAUCGCUAAAUUGGACUGGACUAUAUGUUUUAUAUGAUAUAUGAAUAAGGCCUUUAUCCAAAACUACCAAUGUAGCGUUAAGUUGUAAUUAUAUACACUUCUAUUUGACAUAAUUGUAUGUCAAAUCAAAUCUACAGCUCUUAAGAAAUUAUAACAUUAAUAUUUAUACGUAAUUUUAAGGUGAGCUAUAUUCAAAUUUAUUCUUGUAAACUACCUAAUUUUAAUGUAAACUUAGGUCAACAAAAGAGAAAAUUAAUGUAAACAAACAAUACAUCGUAUGUUAAUUUAAGCGGGAGAGAAAAGGACAUAUCUGUGACCUUUUCACUCGCACGAGAACAAUAAAGGGAACUUUUGUAAGUUGAAACAUUUGGCCGCAUUGAACGGUUUUCAGUAUUGGAAAAUUUAUGGGUUCGCGUCACCGAUGACCUCGACAUGAUCGUGAAGUAUUGCACCAGACGAUCGCUAGAUCGUCGUUAAGCAGGAUUUUUCAUGUAAACAUAUACUACUGUAUUGUAUAUACUCAACUGUACCAAAUAGGUAUUUGACUGUUGUAAAAUCGUGUGAUUUCGCUUCACCGACUGAAUCCAUUUUUGUUACCCGUUGUUUUGACUUCCGCAGGCAAUCCUUAUGACUAGUUUUUUAUAUUAAUUAGCCCUUUAGUUGACCUAUUUAUACACAAUUAAAACUGCCCCAUACCCUACUAAAUAUAUGUAAGUAUUAUUGUAUGUAAAAUAGGUGUAAAAUAAAAUAUAACCUGUGCCAAAUAAAAAAUAAAUGAAUGGAACAAAAGUCUUGCAAGAGUUCACUUGGUAUUGAAUGCGUUUUGUUUUCGCAAAAUCCGUCUUCGCACUUUGACUUUGUUAACCCUUAUUUUAGCUGCGUUUAGUGUACUAUUAGUACUCCCCUAUAGUAAUUCCCUUUUUUGCUUUCACAAAAGUUUAUUUAUUUGCAUUUAACUCGUCGGUACACCGUAGGAUUCCGUACCAAAUAAACAAAAAAAUAAUUUAUUAAAAAUUUCCCUUAUUGCGUUUAUUACGGCUUUUUUAAUCCCUUGGGAGCGUUUGUAUUUCUGGAAAAAGUAGCUUAUGUUACUUACUCUCCGUCCUCUCAGCUAACCCAAAGCCCAAAAUAUUGUAAACAUAAUUUUGCAUUUAUAAUAUUAGUAUGGAUAAAGUGAACAAUAAAUUUUAUUCAAUUAAAAUAUUUGAAUUUUGGUCCUUCGAGCCGGAGUUUUAUACGGGGUUUGUACUGGAACGGACUGUACAGUUAAUUUUUGUAAAAAAAUUUUAAUCGGUCUAAACUGUAAAUAUUUAUUUUCGCAGAAAUCCCAAAAUAUUAAAUAGUUCUUUGUGAUGUCAUGUUUUUCAAGAAGAGAUAAAAACACAAGAAUCUGAAUUAGUAUAAUUCACGGUAAGCGCUAUGAUAAUUUUCGCGGACCGGUUACUUAUAUAAAUCGAAGGCUUCCGUUUAUCUUUGUAAGUUUUGCUAAUACCUUUGUUGCAUCGAUAGUUACUGGCCAGGUUAUAAUUUUAAUUAUUAAAAUAACUUAUGAGUCACUGAACCAAAGUGUACUAAUAUAACGUGUAGGAAUUGUAUUAUAUUUUAAACUUUAAACAAUCGUAAGUGAAAUUCAUAUUAAUCAAAAUGCACGGGAUUUUCUUAUCUUCGAACAUGGACACCCCCUUUAAUCUAUCCGACCUAUAGUAACUUUGUUAUAAGAAAAAAGAAAAAAAAAAUUUACUGUCCCGUUAUAAAAAAAUAAACAAUAAUUUCUGCAUUUAGAGAUUUGGAAGCUGCUGAUCAAAUUAAGUAUUCGAAUAUUUUUAUCUGCUGUAAUGACUACAAUUGAUUUUGACGCUCUAGACCAGUGGAAAGCGCUGCGGUCGUAUUACGGGGGUCCCGGGUUUGAUUUCCGGUAGGGACAAUUUCAAAAUUUAUAAUUUUACUUGUUAGGUCUGGUUUGGUGGGGAGCCCUUUGGCCGUGCCCAGUUAGCGCCCGAAACCGAAACCGAUAAGGGAUAAGACUUUAAGGAGGGUUCCGAACGCGCCCUGGUUUAAGAAGAGCCCACAACAAACUUAGCCAGGUUUUUUUUCUUGUUAUCGCCAUCUCAAAUUCGAGUAAAUGUUUAGCUAUGAAUUUAGAAAAUUGCAGUCAACUUGUAGUGAAAUAAAAAAAUUGAUUUCGCCGCCGCGCCGCGCUGCUGACACUCGAUAUAGGAUGCUCCUUAUGCACCAAACUAUUAAUGAUAUUCCUUUAUAUAUUUUUUGUUUGUUCUCCAAACCCAUAGUAGACAUUGGAUAGAAUAACUGGGGUAAAAUAAACGUCUAAAUUCACGUGGGCUUUCUUCGAACAGUGUCGGGUUCUCGGUUCGACUACAUUUUCGCAGUGUUUAAAGGGUUUUCCACCAUCAAUUUACAGGCUCUUUUGUAAAAUGACUUCUCGUAUUCAGAGGUACUACAAACUUCUCAAGCAGAUCAAACGCAGUAUCGUCAAAGUAAAAUACACCUAAUGUAACUCGUUUUAGGGUCUAAUAUCCUGUACUUUUGAUUUUUCACUUACAAACAUUCUGUGAAAAGGCCGAGGUGAAGAAUUGUAGGCAAAUUGAGCUUAAAUUGAGCUUUAAGAUCCAUUUUAAUCCGAUGACCAAGGUUUCAAUACUCGAAAACAACUCGAUUGGGAUUGAGAAAAUUUUGUACUAAAGGUAGUCGUACAGACAAACCUAGUAUGGCAUCCUCAAACCUAUUAAUACCGCACAGCCUCCAACAAAAAUCCACGCAAUUUUAUCAGUUCAUAUAUUUAAUUAACGAUAAACUUAUUUUAUUGUUACAUAAUUAAAAGUUAAAAUACAUUCAAAUAGUUACGCACAUCCAACCAUAUACCCUUUUGAUGCCUUAUGUAGUCUAAAGGCUAUCGCACAGGGUGAUAAGAUGCGUCGCAGAGAAUUGCAGUGCAAAAAUUUUAGUAGCGGCACGUUAUGAUGAAUUUUAUCUAUUUAUAAACUUCAUCAUAACGUGCGUAACCUCAGGAGAUGUUGACUUUACAAUGAUACUUGUUAAGUGAAAGAUAACGCCACCUGUCGACUCCGUUUGUAGUUGCGAAACAACGCCAUCUAGCGAAACGUUUUUAACACGAUAUGCUUCUAACAUUGCAAUCUAGGUGGCGUUGAGCGUCCAUAUGGCAGCUUUGCUAACUACUCAGAAUGGUGUAUUUAAAUGUACAACUUGUAUGUAGGUACACUAUUAGUGCCUACUUACACAGAAUUAUGCAAGAUCAGAUAAGCUUAUCGCUUUCGGAUAUAUUAUUAUUCACAUAAAUUUGUAUCCUUUGUCAUCCUUUUAUCUAUUAUGCUAUUUUUGGAGACACCUAGAAUUAUAAGAGCUUCCACGCAACGUUAAAUUUUAAGCAACAAUUUUAAACGUCGCUGUUGAAUAGCACUUUGUAACAAAGUUAGACAGUAUAUGUUUUACGUAUCCGAGGGAGCUAAGUUUAUAAUAAUUGAAGUAUAAUUUAUGCAGUGUCUUUUUUUAUCGUCUAGAACAUCAAAUCAUUUAAUUCGUUAAGGUAGGGUAAUUUAUCACUGAUUCGACUAUUCAAGCAAAAACAUUUUAAAAAUUGCCUGAAGAUGCUGUUCAUUGAAUGGAUUAAAAAGCGCCUGUAUAUAUUACAAGCGUUGCAUUGUUAAAUAUAAAAUUGUGCUGGUAUUUUUGUAAAGAUGUCUUGCUUAUACCUGGCAAAAUAAUCAGGUAUUUAAAGCCCUGUAUGUCUAUCACAUCGUAGCUCCUGAUUUUAACUGUCAAUUAAAUUAUACGUUUGUGUGGAAUAUAAUUUAUUUAUCACUUCUUUUACUGACCUUAAAUAAAUUAUGAUAUUAAAAAACAAUUGUUUGAACCCUAUCGCUCGCUGUAUACUAUUUCUUCCGUAUGAUAGCGACAAAAAAGCUUUUUUGGGUCGCAACAUUAAUUAUUAAAAGUACAGGUGCCUUAUUUUUUAUCUGUUAUUCCAAUGAUUUUUCAAUUCAAAUUUUAUAAGUGAAAAGAGGCAGAUGUGUUGAACACGCACUAAAUGUGUAAUUAGCCAAAAUUAACUAAGUCUUUCGCCGACGUUGCAACACAUUUUAAAGCUAAUUUGCUUACCCAUUUGCGGCGUUAUAUCAAUAUCGCCAACCAACCCGCAUUGGAGCAGCGUAGUAGGUCUAUGGUCUAAAAAACGUCUCUCCAAAGAGGAGACCUGUGCCCAACUGUGGGACGUUCUAAAGCUGCGGAUGAAGAUAGAGCAGAAGUUUAGGUACCUAUUAAUUAUUGUGAUAUUGAAAUUAGUUUUAUCAUAGCGUGUAAAGAUUCAUACCUGAGCUCACGCCUCCUUUAUUAUAGGAGAGAUGAAUUUUGAACAUAGAUUAACUUCGAUUUGCUUAGCUCCAACGUGGGCUUUAAAGACUUAGAAAUAUCAUCAUUAUAUCAACCUAUUACCGGCCCACUACAUGGCACGGGUCUUCUCUCACAAUGAGAAGAGAUUAAGGCCUUAUCCACCACGCUGGUCCAGUGCGGAUUGGUAGACUUCCCGAGCCGUUGAGAAUAUUGUGGAAACUCUCAGGCAUGCAGGGUUCCACAAGAUGUUUUCCUUCACGUUUAAAGCAAGUAAUAUUUGAAUUGUAUAAUAAUGUGGUUAUCGCCA